CGGGUCCAUAAACAACAUGGCGGCGUCCGUGAGGCGCUAGCUUCGGUCUGGCUCUGGUGCGAGAUUGUGACCCAGUGAAGCUUUCCCGGGCGGAGUGAACUUGAAGAAUCCGGUACCGGUCGGCGGACAGCUCUAGUGACCGCUCGUCGGCGUGCGUUUCCAGGGAGCGGCAUCUCUGAGCGUUUGGCCAGGAUGAGCAACAUCUACAUCCAGGAACCGCCCACGAAUGGGAAGGUUUUACUGAAAACUACAGCUGGAGAUAUUGAUAUAGAGUUGUGGUCAAAAGAAGCUCCUAAAGCUUGCCGGAAUUUCAUUCAGCUUUGUUUGGAAGCGUAUUAUGACAAUACCAUCUUUCAUAGAGUUGUACCUGGUUUUAUAGUCCAAGGAGGAGAUCCUACCGGUACAGGGACUGGAGGAGAGUCUAUUUAUGGAGCUCCAUUCAAGGAUGAAUUUCACUCUCGGUUGCGUUUUAAUCGGCGAGGUUUGGUUGCAAUGGCAAAUGCUGGUCCUCAUGAUAAUGGCAGCCAGUUUUUCUUUACACUGGGUCGAGCAGAUGAACUUAAUAAUAAGCACACCAUCUUCGGAAAGGUUACAGGGGACACAGUAUACAACAUGCUGCGGCUCACCGAAGUUGAUGUUGAUGAAGAUGAAAGACCACGAAAUCCACACAAAAUCAGAAGUAGUGAGGUUUUGUUUAAUCCUUUUGAUGACAUCAUUCCAAGGGAAAUUAAAAAGAUGAAAAAGGAGAAACCAGAGGAGGAAGUCAAGAAAUUGAAACCUAAAGGCACAAAAAAUUUUAGUUUACUUUCAUUUGGGGAAGAAGCUGAAGAAGAAGAGGAAGAAGUAAAUCGAGUUAGUCAGAGCAUGAAGGGAAAAAGUAAAAGCAGUCAUGAUCUCCUUAAGGAUGAUCCACAUCUCAGUUCUGUUCCAGUUGUUGACAGUGAAAAAGGUGAUACAACAGGAGAUUUGGAUGAUGAUGGAGAAGAUGAAUGUGGAGAAGAUGAAUAUAUUGACAGUGAUGAGAAGAACCUGUUGAGAGAAAGAAUUGCAAAGAAAUUAAAAAAGGACAUAAGUACAAAUGUGAAAUCAGCUGGAGAGGGAGAAGUGGAGGAGAAACCAGUGAGCCGCAGUGAAGAGCUCAGAAAAGAAGCUAGACAGUUAAAGAGGGAAUUGUUAGCAGCAAAACAAAAAAAGCUAGAAGAUGCAACAAAAGUAGAGAAAAGAAAUGAAGAGGAAGAAGCCACUCCAGAUGGUGCUGUGGCAGAAUACCGAAGAGAAAAGCAAAAGUAUGAGGCUUUGAGGAAGCAACAACCAAAGAAAGGAUCUUCCCGGGAAGACCAGACCCUUGCACUGCUGAACCAGUUCAAGUCUAAACUCACCCAAGCAAUUGCGGAAAAUCCUGAAAAUGACAUUUCUGAAACAGAAGUAGACGAUGAUGAAGGAUGGAUGUCACAUGUACUCCAGUUUGAGGAUAAAAGCAGAAAAGUUAAAGAUGCAAGCAUGCAAGAUUCAGAUACAUUUGAAAUCUAUGAUCCUCGGAAUCCAGUGAAUAAAAGAAGAAGGGAAGAAAGCAAGAAGUUAAUGAGAGAGAAAAAAGAAAGAAGAUAAA